UUCUUUUCCUCUUUAAAGAACAUCUUACAGUUUCAUUAUCAGAUUACUGAGUAUAGUGUUUAUCACUGAGCUCAUGAAAUAUCUUAUCAACUAUUUUGCCUGUGAUAAGGAUUAAGAUGAUGUGACACUGCUCUACUUGAGAUGAUAUCCUCUCUGUGAUAUCUAUGAUGACUCCAACAUACAUCUUUGAUUUUUUUAUAUUUUUUAUGUGAUGAGACUGGUUUUGCUGCAUCACCAUUGAUGCAUCUGAUAGUUUAAGUGUAUCUGCAGAUCUUGACAGUUGCUUUUGUGGGAUUCUAAGAACUGACUUGCUUGAACAAAAAACUGCCUUGAUGCUGGUGACUUAUUUGAUGAUGUGUUGAGCUUUAUUUAUCACAAGGUGUUGCCCUAUAGGUAGUGAGAAGAGACAGGUACCAGCAGGAGCAGUAGUGGUAACAACAGCAGGAUGGGGAGCUUCAGCAAGAUCCUGCCAUACUCCUGCUAUGAGCUCGGCCACUGCUGGAAACACUCGUGCUCCUCAGCCUCCUUUGAAAUCUGUAUCAUUGGGUUCAUUGAAAGCAUCAAAAUCUAUGGUGUGGUGUACUUGCUAACCGGUCUUGUGAAUGCACGGAAAAUAAGUAUGAAGUAUGGAAAAAAGCUCUUGAAGAACUACUUAACAUCAGUUUGUUUCCUGACAGUCAAUGCUUUUGGGUACAUUGGCUCCUACUGUGUUGUCAGACACAUUCUGCAGCACUUCAACUUUUUCACAGUCUCCUUUGUGCCAGGGUUCAUUGGCAGCCUCAUGGCCAUCCUAGUGGAACGGCCAGCACGACGAACACUCCUGGCCAUCUAUGUUACCAAUGUGGCAUCAGAAUGCUUGUGGAAUUCUGCUGUGGGUAAUGGCUAUGUCUCCUCCAUCCCCCGCGGUGAGAUAUUGGUAUUUGCAGCUGCCAUGGCUUACUUGGGCUACUCUUUUCGAUCUCAAACUCCCAUCAGCAGAUUGAUCAACUCUAUCAUGCAGUUGUUCCUUGGGAAGGAAGAGUCUGGGUUGAUGGUGAGCCAGCGCCAGGCAGCUGCCCACCAGGAGUGCAUUCCUCACCAGCCUCUAUUGUGGCACCAGAAGUUACUUGCAGUGAUCACAGGCAAACACUGCCUGUGUCCACAUAGAGGGAGCUGUGUGCUACACUUCAUUUGGACAGGUCUGCAAGGAUUCGCCCAGGGAUUUCUCCUGCAGCUGUCACUGAGGAUGGUUACCUCUAUACCCAGGGUGGUGAGGGCACCAAGAAAGCUGCUUCCUCUGCUCAUUAAUAAAACCAACAUGGAAGCAGGACUCUUUCUGGGCUGCUUCUCUUCAUUAUUCAAGGGAACGUGCUGUGGUGGGAGGUGGUGGCAUGGCAAGGACCAGCCAGGGCAUGGGACUGUGGCAGGAGCGCUUGCUGCCCUCUCCAUGUACUUCUAUUCAGCUCCUUCCCUUGCCUUGUACAUGAUGUGGAAGGUGGUGGAGAGCAUGUAUGAGACCGGAUGUAAUGCUGGCUAUUUGCCACGGAUCCCUGGAUCAGUGGAACUCCUCUAUGCUAUAUCCACGGGGUACUUGUUUCAUAUAGCAGUCAUGGAGCAGCAUUAUAUGAAACCUUCCUACUGGAGGUUCUUGCGCAGACUCACAUGGGACAGGUUGUCAGGAUACAAUCGUCACCUUCUUGCUCCUUAUGGAUUGGACAGUGGCAAGAAUUAUCAAGGCUGGUGGCCAAACUAUGACUUGAAGCACAUCAGUGAGACUGUGAAAUGGUUACAGCCAGCACUCUAGCAGAGGAGGACUCCACCAAAAGGUUUCAGCAUGUCUUGGUCACUGGAACAGGUGUGAAUUUUAACAUCUGGUAACCACUAACAAAAUUAGAUUGAUUGAAUGGAAUUAUUCUCAAGGGUAAUUUAUUAACUGAUGUGGAAUGACUGAAUUACCAAAGACUUUGUCUGUUUGCCUGUUUGGAUUACUAAACGGGAAAGGCACUUCUGUGAUAACUCACAAGAACAAUAGUGUAUAUUUAUUUAUUUUUUUUAAGUUAUUUAGAUUUUUAGACAUAAUUUCAGAAAUUUCACCAGAUAGGAAAACAGUACAGUACAUAUGUCAAUGUAGUUAGUUUAUUCAGUGCUUUUACUUAGGUUGAGUCUGGUGCUUCUCAAGGAUGCUUUUUUUGACCUUUGUUUAUUAUUUGAUUUACUUGUAACGUGAGGCAUCCUGCAUUAGGAGGGCUGCUCACACCAAAAUAAAGUGAGAAAAAUGUGCUCAAAGUUUGGUGAAAUUCUGACAACCAUAACUUUAUUGUAUAGGCUUUGACAAUCAACUUGUCUCAAAAUGGCUAGUAGGCAAUCAAAAUCAUUACGGUUUCAAAAAAUGUUCAAGAUCAUGAUAUUCACUACCUAAUUUUUGCAUAUUUUUUGCAAAUUGUGUCAUGGUUUUAGAAAGUUUGGUGAUUAUAUCACUCAAAUACACAUGUACACAGCAGAAAAGCUGGGAGCAUCCUUUCUGCGUCUCAACCAAGACACCAAAACAAAAGGAACUAAUGACAGGUCAAUUCAGUUGGCCUCCCAUUGGCUGAGAGAGUCAUGUUAUCAUAGUAGAAGGCUCUUGAUUGGCUGAUGUCCUCUCUACACUGGAGUGAGUUGCCCAUUUUAUACAGAAUUUGCCUGAGAAAAUAUUCUGAAUUAUAAUGGCUACUCAUCCUAGAUGGGCAGCCCUUCUAACAUGGAAUGUUGCUCAGCAGCUUUUUGCAUCUACAUCGAAGGUCAGAUAGACAUAAAAAUUAUUCUCUCCUUGUAUAGAUUUUUGACCUUACUGAUAGGAUAAUCAUCCACUCCUGGGGAAAAGUUAAGACCUCAAUAGAGUGCUAUAAACAGUUAUCUUGGUUUUAGCCUGGGUGGCACAAGCGGGCCUUCUAAUGCGGGAUGCCUCAUAAGUGGAAUGGGAUUUCUUCUAAAAUGAUAGUGUGUGCUGACAACACAUCACUGCAUGCUACCAUCACAUCACCUCAAAGGAAGCUUUAGUUGCUAGUGAUAUACAAGAAGACAUUGGCCAAGAUUGAUAUGCAGAUCUUGAACUCCUUUUCCCAGGCAUUUUAAUUUGUCUUAUAAUAACAUUGUGAAUAGUGUCUAUGAAAUUAUCAGGUAUGACAGACAGUAAUGUUCGUCUCACUUUCAGUGGGGUUUCAUCAGUUGUUCAGAAAAGUGGUCUGGUUUGCAAGUGUACAAGGUUUUUGAAUGACAAUAUUGCAUUAAAUUUCUUUGUUUCUUUGUGUUGGUGCAUUCUGAGUCACCACUACUGAUUGCUGCUGCUGUCUCAUUGGAGGCUCCUGGACUGCUUAUUUAAUUGGAUCAAGUUUUUAUUUCCUAAUGUAGACAUUAAUUGUAAGCAUUGCUGCACUCUCACAGUACUUUAUGAAAUAUUUGAUGGUCAUAAUUAUUUGUUAUGUAUAUAAGGCUUUCACUGCCUUGUAAUAUCAGUACAUCAGAUUUACCUUAAAGGAAAAUGAUAUGGUAUUUUCUGCUAUUCAUUUUAAUACAUUCUAUUUUUUUGAAAGCUUUGUGCCAUUUUUAACUGUGGAACACACUUCCAGAUUGUUUUGAAUGCUGAAAAGGUUUAAGAAUGGGUCAAAAAAUUUUUUUUUUAAUUAAUUAAUCAAAUUUUUUUAUCAGUGUGAUUUGGGGAAUGAUUUGGAUGUACUAUAGUUUCUUGAAUUCUUUCAAAUAAGCUGAAAUUUUAUAUUUUAAUAAAUAGAGCACCUUUGAGGGAAAUGUGUUUGUAGCAGAAUCAAAAAGAUUACAAAUCACACUUUUAAAGACAAAGUCUGCAUGGUGUUGUGCUUAAGAAUAUUGGUAUUAAGACGUAAGUAGGGGUGCAAGGAAUGGAGAAACUUGCAAGUAUUGCAGUUGUUGAACAUUGGUUUCUUAUGCUUAGAUUUAGCAAGUUUUUUCACUUAGUUGUUGGAAUGAAUACAUCAUGGAUGCAAACUAGUGCUAAUCUUAAGUGGUUUUCUUCCAGUAGCUGAAAGUAAUGAAUAUUAUAAUAUGUUAUGCUAUUUAUAUAUAAUGAUGGUGCUCAGAAUGAUGGUUAUAAUGCUGGUGCUGAAGACAGAACCAGACACAUUAUAUAAAGAAAAAACCUACACUGUUACAUGUUGUUCUUGUUAGUAGUGGAGGUACUACCUGAUGUUAUAUAAUAUUUAUUUUUUUUGCUGGUGUAACUUUAACAUUAUCAAAUGAUUUGUUGCUUUUUUUUUUUAUGUAGGAAGGACACUGGCCAAGGGCAACAAAAAUCCAAUAAAAAAAAUAUACCCACUGAAAUGCCAGUCCCAUAAAAGGGUCAAAGCAGUGCUCAAAAAUUGAUGAAUAAGUGUCUUGAAACCUCCCUUUUGAAGGAAUUCAAGUCAUGGGAAAGUGGAAAUACAGAAGCAGGCAGGGAGUUCCAGAGUUUACCAGAGAAAGGGAUGAAUGAUUGAGAAUACUGGUUAACUCUUGCGUUAGAGAGGUGGACAGAAUAGGGGUGAGAGAAAGAAGAAAGUCUUGUGCAAUGAGGCCACAGGAGGGGAGGCAUGCAGUUAGCAAGAUCAGAAGAGCAGUUAGCAUGAAAAUAGUGGUAGAAGACAGCUAGAUAUGCAACAUUGCGGCGGUGAGAGAGAGGCUGAAGACAGUCAGUUAGAGGAGAGGAGUUGAUGAGACGAAAAGCUUUUGAUUCCGCCCUGUCUAGAAGAGCAGUAUGAGUGGAACCCCCCCAGACAUGUGAAGCAUACUCCAUACAUGGACGGAUAAGGCCCUUGUACAGAGUUAGCAGCUGGGGGGGUGAGAAAAACUGGUGGAGACGUCUCAGAACACCUAACUUCAUAGAAGUUGUUUUAGCUAGAGAUGAGAUGUGAAGUUUCCAGUUCAGAUUAUAAGUAAAGGACAGACCGAGGAUGUUCAGUGUAGAAGAAGGGGACAGUUGAGUGUCAUUGAAGAAGAGGGGAUAGUUGUCUGGAAAGUUGUGUCAAGUUGAUAGAUGGAGGAAUUGAGUUUUUGAGGCAUUGAACAAUACCAAGUUUGCUCUGCCUCAAUCAAAAAUUUUAGAAAGAUCAGAAGUCAAGCGUUCUGUGGCUUCCCUGCAUGAUAUGUUUACCUCCUGAAGGGUUGGACGUCUAUGAAAAGAUGUGGAAAAGUGCAGGGUGGUAUCUUCAGCAUAGGAGUGGAUAGGACAAGAAGUUUGGUUUAGAAGAUCAUUAAUGAAUAAUAAGAAGAGAGUGGGUGACAGGACAGAACCCUGAGGAACACCACUGUUAAUAGAUUUAGGAGAAGAACAGUGACCGUCUACCACAGCAGCAAUAGAACGGUCAGAAAGGAAACUUGAGAUGAAGUUACAGAGAGAAGGAUAGAAACCGUAGGAGGGUAGUUUGGAAAUCAAAGCUUUGUGCCAGACUCUAUCAAAAGCUUUUGAUAUGUCCAAGGCAACAGCAAAAGUUUCACCAAAAUCUCUAAAAGAGGAUGACCAAGACUCAGUAAGGAAAGCCAGAUCACCAGUAGAGCGGCCUUGACGGAACCCAUACUGGUGAUCAGAUAGAAGGUUGUGAAGUGAUAGAUGUUUAAGAAUCUUCCUGUUGAGGAUAGAUUCUUGAAUUAGAUCUUGAAUUGAUUAGAUCUUGAAAGGUUUUGACAUUUUCUGUUAAUGAAGGAGUUUUUGGCUAGUUGGAGAACAGACUUGGCAUGGUUCCGGGCAGAAAUAUAAAGUGCAUGAGAUUCUGGUGAUGGAAGGCUUAAGUACCUUUUGUGGGCCACCUCUCUAUCAUGUAUAGCACGAGAACAAGCUGUGUUAAACCAAGGUUUAGAAGGUUUAGGACGAGAAAAAGAGUGAGGAAUGUACGCCUCCAUGCCAGACACUAUCACCUCUGUUAUGCGCUCAGCACACAAAGACGGGUCUCUGACACGGAAGCAGUAGUCAUUCCAAGGAAAAUCAGCAAAAUACCUCCUCAGGUCCCCCCCAACUAGCAGAGGCAAAACGCAAGAGGCACCUUCACUUAGGGGGAUCCUGAGGAGGGAUUGGAGCGAUAGGACAAGAUAAAGAUAUGAGAUUGUGAUCGGAGGAGCUCAACGGAGAAGAAAGGGUGACAGCAUAAGCAGAAGGAUUAGAGGUCAGGAAAAGGUCAAGAAUGUUGGGUGUAUCUCCAAGAUGGUCAGGAAUAUGAGUAGGGUGGUGUUGCACCAAUUGCUCUAGGUCAUGGAGGAUAGCAAAGUUGUAGGCUAGUUCACCAGGAUGGUCAGUGAAGGGAGAGGAAAGCCAAAGCUGGUGGUGAACAUUGAAGUCUCCAAGAAUGGAGAUCUCUGCAAAAGGGAAGAGGGUCAGAAUGUGCUCCACUUUGGAAGUUAAGUAGUCAAAGAAUUUCUUAUAAUCAGAGGAGUUAGGUGAGAGGUAUACAGCACAGAUAAAUUUAGUAUGAGAGUGACUCUGUAGUCAUAGCCAGAUGGUGGAAAACUCGGAAGAUUCAAGAGCGUGGGCAUGAGAGCAGGUUAAGUCAUUGCGCACAUAAACGCAGCAUCCAGCUUUGGAUCGAAAAUGAGGAUAGAGAAAGUAGAAGGGAACAGAAAAGGGGCUACUGUCAGUUGCCUCAGACACCUGAGUUUCAGUAAGGAAAAGAAGAUGAGGUUUAGAAGAAGAGAGGUGGUGUUCUACAGACUGAAAAUUAGAUCUUAGACUGUGAAUGUUGCAGAAGUUAAUGAAGAAAAAGUUGAGGAGGGGUGUCAAGACACUUAGGGUCGUCGACAGAAAGGCAGUCCGACCUGGGGACAUUUAUGGUCCCCUCCCCAGAUGGGGACUCCGAGGCUGGUGUAGGAGUCGCCAUGAUGAUUUUAAAAUUUUUGAGUGAAGUGUGUGUGUGGUAUUAGGUGCUUGUAGUUUUAUGUGGAGGAAGAGAGUUGUGUUUCGAGGGCAGGCUGUGACUGGCACCUUGUGUUGUGAGACACAAAGGGAAACGUUCAUUGAGAUCACAGCUGGGUUUAAUGAUAAGUUCACGGCACGCCCUGAACAGUGCUUUAGACCUCACUGGGAGUAAUUAUCGUUUCGGCAGAUGUCUACUGCCUCCUCCUGUGCUGCAGAGGUGUGCUUGCUUCCAUACAUAACUCACUGAGCAACAUGGUGGUGUUGUGGUAUUAGUUUUGCCAGUUAUAAAAGGUAUUCAUUUCCUUGUGAAUACUAAUGAUGGUCUAUAUAUUUUCACUUUUAAGAUUUAAGAUUUCCCUGCACAAAUUAUAAAAAGGUACUAUAGCAUUAAUUAAUUCAUGUUGUGAAAUAUUCCAGUCCUGGUAUCUGGCAGGGCAGUGAGAUUCAUAAAUAUGAGUAUUGUGAGAAGUGAAAGUGUGUGUGGAUGUGAGUAGUUGUGGCUGUUCUUCCAUGUGAUACUUAUUUUAUGUCUAAUCCUUGUCACUUCCUCCUUACCAUUCUUGAUCACUAUUUUGCUCUCCAUAAUGUAUCACAAGUGAUCAGUGGAUACCUUACUUAUAGUUUGGCUCAGUUAGAAUGAUCAAUCCUUUAGUAUGUAUGCCUCAGGAGCACUCAGCAUGCACCUGGUAUUGCAUACAUCCAUCAAUCAACAUGACAAAUUUUACCAUCUAGGAAAAAAAGUCAUAGUCAUAAGUGUUACUUAAGAUUUUAUUAUAUAUAAUUAUUCUUGUUGUGCCUUACUUCAGUCUUCAGAAAGCAGAUACAUGAAAUGUUAAUAUUUUUCAUGCUUUUGUAUUUUCAUCAUAUUAGGCUAUCUCGUAAUUUUGUACUUACAUCGUGGCUGGCUCAGGAACUCGUCUGCAAUAUUUAAUAAUGCUGUGAUAAUGUGUAGAUUCUUCCUCUCUCCACUGUGUUUGUUUUGCCAGGUGUUACAUGCAACACUCAAACAAACAUGCAAGGAGCUAAAACUUGAAUUUUCCUUCAGUGAAGCAAAUCCAUUAUAUUAUUUCACUCACCAGGAGAUUGCCAGUAAUAGUCAUAGAAGUGUAGAUCAUGGCUUCCAUUAUUACUUCCACCACUGUCCUGCUUAAGGCUGAAAAGUGCUGGCUGGCAUUGGCAUUUCUCUCUCAAAACAUGAUAAUUGUGAACAGGAACACUGUUAAAAGUGUGUGCUCAAGCAUUGUUCAUAUACCAGGUACUCAUACUUUUUCAUAAGUUUUCCUCUUAUAGCCAAAAUGUUUUGGUUUUGAUUUUCAUCAGCCAUUAUGUAUGAGGAAUUUCCAGAAUUAAGUUACUGCUAGCUUUUAAGAUCACAGCCCUUAGGAGUGCAUGUCAGUACAUGAUGAAUUAAGAUACACAAGUACCAUAUUUUACAAGAAUGUUUUUGCUGUUAUCAAAGACAAUAUAUUUUAUAUUACAUAUAAAAGCUAUGCCAGAAUAAAAGAUUGUAUAAAGAA